AUGAGUGUCGACAGAUUGCCGUCUCUCCCCCUCCCUCUGCCGAGCCAGGCAUACUCGUCGGGCACCUCUUCGCCGCGGCUCAGCUCCAUUGCUUCGUCAAACGGCUCGCACGCAGGUUCCCAGUCCUCGUACACGUCGGCCGCGUCGUCAAACGGACCCAAGACUCCGUCGCCCACCCUGCCGAUCAACGCCAUCACGGGGCCGCCCACGACAAUCGUGAGCUACGACGCCAUGAAUCAGGCCGCCGACAUGUAUUACCCCCAGCACAUGUCCGCUGGCCAGGCACCGCCUCCACAGACCGUCACGUCGGGGUCCAUGACGCACUACCAGCACCAUCAGCCGACUUUGCUGCAACCUGGUCCUGCUCAGUAUCACGCCAGCGGGUACCAAUAUGGCUACACCAAUGGCUUGACGUCGCCGCCGGCAGCGCCGCCUGUGUCCAACAUGGGCCAGCCGCAGAAUGUGCUGCCGCUGCCUGGAGUUCCUGGACAGCAAAACAUUGGCAACCAAUAUGCGGGAUUCGACACCACGGGACAAAUUCCGCCCCCGGGCAUGAAACCCCGGGUUACGGCCACGCUGUGGGAGGACGAGGGGAGUCUCUGCUUCCAGGUUGAGGCUCGCGGUAUCUGUGUAGCUCGUCGCGAAGACAACCACAUGAUCAACGGUACCAAGCUGUUGAACGUGGCCGGCAUGACGCGCGGGCGACGUGACGGUAUUUUGAAGAGCGAAAAGAUCCGCCAUGUUGUGAAGAUUGGGCCCAUGCACCUCAAGGGCGUCUGGAUCCCCUACGAGCGUGCUCUGGACUUUGCCAACAAGGAGAAGAUCACGGAGAUGUUGUACCCGCUCUUCGUUCACAACAUCGGCGCGCUCCUCUAUCACCCGACGAACCAGAGCAGAACAACGCAGGUCAUGGCUGCUGCCGAGCGCAGGAAACAGGAGCAGGGCCAGAUUCGCACCCCCGCGCCUGGCCUCCCGUCGAUCCAGCAACAUCAUCACCACUCCAUGGCCCUUCCCGGCCCGCAGCCGUCGCUUCCGUCUCAGACCAACAUGGCGCGGCCGUCGCUCGACCGUGCUCAUACGUUUCCCACGCCUCCUACUAGCGCCUCGAGCGUUAUGGGAACCAUGGGCCCGUCAGAAGGCUUCAGUUGGCAAGGGCAGGGCAUGAAUGGCACGCAAGCUACGACGCCGCCCGGCAGCUCAAUGUCGAGCAUGCAGUCGUACUCGUCUGCCGCCCAGGGAUAUGACGGCUCGCGCCAGCUGUACAGCGCUCCGGCUUCGCAGCAGUCUCCGUAUCAGAGCAACACGAACGGUGCUCAGGAUCGGAUGUACGCGCAGCCUGGCUCGUAUCCCAAGAACGAGAUGGCGCCUCCGUCGAACCGAGCUGCUCCUGGGGGCCACCCCGGCGACCAGCAUGACAGCAAGCCGCCCAAUGGCAUCAUGUCGGAGCAAGGUGCCCAGCACCAAGCUGCCGACGAUGAGCCAGACCAUGAGCAUGAUGCCGAGUACACCCAUGACAGCGGUGCCUACGAUGCCUCGCGCACCUCGUACAACUACACGGCUCCGGGCGUGGGUUCCUUGGUGAGCGACGGCAACAUGCCCUCGGACAUGACUGGAUCCCCCAGUCACCCUCCGGCCUCUGGGCGUGCCACGCCCAGAACUGCGGCCCCCCACCAGCCGUACUACCCGCAACAUCCGGGCUACAGCACGCCUCCUCGCAUCCAGUCGUCGAGCAACCUGUACAAUGUGAUGACGAAUGAUCGCGCGCCUACCAACGGCGCGCCGGGCGGUGACGUUUACGCCCCCCAAGCAGACAUGACCAACUCCAUGGCCAAUGGCUAUGCACCCCAAGCCCCAGUCAUGAAUGGCUCCGGUGGCAUGAAGAGGGGUCGCGAGGACGAUGACGAUCUCAGGUCUAACGACGGCCCAGGUGGCAUGGGCCUUGACCUUAAACGACGCAAGACGAUGAUGGAGACUUCGGUCCCCGCUCCGGCGUACGACGCGCUGAACCGACCAGCUUCGGCCGUCGCCGGGCCGCCGAGGCGGUGA